AAAUCAAUUAAAACUAUCAAAAUCUUAACAUUUUAUAAACUCUAAACGAUAUGACAGCAAUAGAUCGUGUUAGAAUAUUAGUUCUAGGAGAUUCAGGAGUAGGAAAAACAUCUUUCGUGCAUUUAGCUGCUCAUAAUGAACCCUUGAGAUCCCCAAGUUGGACAGUAGGGUGCUCAGUGGAAGUGAAAUUGCAUGAAUAUAAAGAAGGCACCAAAGACCAGAAGACGUACUUCAUAGAAUUUUGGGAUAUAGGGGGUAGUCACAUUCACAGGAAUUCUAGAUCUGUCUUCUAUUACCCAUGCCAUGGGGCGAUUUUAGUCCAUGAUUUGACCAACCGUAAAUCAGAGAAGAACCUACACAAGUGGGUAAGAGAAAUAAGCAAGAGACAAAGAGAAAGAAAGGACUCAAACUCAUAUAUGUAUGUUCCUUACACCAGCAACUUGCUCUCAGAGGAUUUUGACCAGGAGAGUUCAUUUGGAAGUAGCUCUAUUCCCUUUCUAGUAAUAGGAACAAAAUUAAAUCAGGUUGAAGAUAGGAAAUCUCACACUGGGCACAUGGCUAGUCACUUGGGCUGUGAUGAGAUUGUCAUGGAUUGCCUUCAGACCAGAUAUUUAGCAGCUGGAACAUCAAAUGCAGUCAAGCUGUCUAGGUUUUAUGAUAAAGCCAUUGAGAUGAGGUCCAAAUUGCAUAAAGAUUCUUUCACAGAGAGACUGAAUGAUCCAAUUUCACCUAUAUUGUCUACAAAGUUUUAUUCUCCCCAUCAGGAUUGAUUAUUUAUUUUAAGUACACUUUUGUUGUAAUUGUUUUAUAUAACAUGCAA